AUGACAUCCUCAGACGAAGGGGAAGCGGUGCAAGCCCAGAGGCGCCAUUCAACAGUGGUCUGGCAUCGGAUUGUCCGCGCUCUCAUCUAUCUGAUUGCCUGGAUCUUUCUCGUCCUAGUGUUGAUUGGCAACGUCUCCAACAAACCUGUCCUUCGCGACACCUACUUUCUGAAGCUUGACCUCUCCAAUAUCAUUCCGCAAUCAGUUCCCAAUGCUGUGUUCAUAAACAGUAUUGCUCGGACUAUUGGGCUGCAUGACUUCUAUCAGGUCGGUGUGUGGAAUUUCUGCGAGGGUUAUGACGAUAGUGGAAUCACUUCCUGCUCCCAUCCUAAAACUCUGUACUGGUUCAAUCCAGUCUCAAUUCUACUGAACGAACUUCUGGCUGGCGCAACAAUUGCUUUGCCUGCUGAGAUCAACGAUGCCCUUAAAAUCGCUAAGAUCGCAUCUCACUGGAUGUUCGCCUUAUUUCUCGUGGGAACCAUACUCUGCUUUCUCGCUAUCUUCAUUGCCCCAUUGGGCACCUCCUCGAGACCACCUCAAACAAUAUCAUCUGACCCGGAAGUCAAUAAAGCUCGACAUCCCCAUCACCGACGAACGUUUAUUUGUCUGUGGUCUCUCCCGAUGGUUCUAUUGACUUUCAUCAUUGCACUCUUUACGAUUGUGGCUUCGGCCGUUGCUACGGCCAUGUACGCCAUCUUCGCCCACGUCUUCAUGAGCAACACUAUCGACCUCAAUAUCAAAGCCAAUCUUGGAACGCAGAUGUUAGUCUUCAUGUGGAUUGCUUCGGGCUUCACUUUAAUUGGGUUUAUAGUGCAGCUAGCUUCUUGCUGCUGUGCCUGCUGUAGUGGUCGCAAGGCCCGCAAACAGUUGCGGGAUCAAGGUCAUUCCCAGGAGAAAAACUCUUCCUCUGGGAAUAGCGAUGAGGCCGCGAUCAAAAGAAGGUUUGGCUGGCGCAAGGCUCGAACUGAUGUGUAA